ACUGUCCCGGGCAGCUUUCGACGGCAACAGCCCAGAUACUCGGGACUCGUCCUUGGAAAUAUCAAUACGAGAUCUAUGAGAUAGAGACUUCCAAGGGCAUACCGACAAGAUGCCUUCUCUCCUUCUCAUCGUGUUCGUCCUCCAGCUGGUCAUUCAUCUGAUCAAUUCUUUUGGCGCCAAUGCGCUCAACAACUGGAUAUGGACGCUUUACAAUAAAGGGCCCACGCCGACCGCAAAAGCGUAUAAAGAGCAAGUCCGGCUGCGACGGGAAGUGGUCAAGCUGCGGACCCAAAUGAAUGCCACGAGCAGUCAAGACGAAUUCGCAAAGUGGGCUAAGCUGCGAAGAGCCCAUGAUAAGACACUUGCAGAAUACGAGAAGAUUUCUUCCUCUCUCAACGCGUCGAAAGCGUCAUUCGAUAGCACAUUUACGUUUGGCCGUUACGCGUGCACCAAUGGUCUUCGACUCGUUCUACAAUUCUGGUAUGCGAAGCAGCCAAUGUACUGGAUCCCCCAGGGCUGGUUGCCCAGCUAUGUCGAGUGGAUUCUCUCCUUCCCCCGCGCGCCGAGGGGUAGCGUCAGCAUUCAGAUAUGGGGAAUUGCAUGCGCCAGCAUCAUUCAGAUGUUGCAUACUGCGCUUACGGCCGGGAUUGCUCUUGUGAUUGGGAAGAAUGGCAAGAAUGGGAAGAAUGGCAAGAAUGGAAAGGCGCAGCCUCAAAAGGUCCCGGUUCCAGCUGCAAGCUCGACAGAGCUGCCCAAGGGUGAGGAGGGCGAGAGCAAAAAGCAAUCCUGAUGAUUGAUGAUGAAACUUUUUCCUUGACAUGUAUAUAUAUCAUUUUUUCUAAAUCUUUCUCAAACCAUAAGGGCUG